GCUGAGCUGAUCCACCACUGCAGUUGCAGAUCGAGAAGCGAAACCAUGGCGUCCAAGGCGCUCCUAGUGCUCGCGCUCCUGCUCGCUGCCGCCUUCCUUGUCGCCUCAGCUAACAACGAGCACACCCAGCUGAAGGAGGAGGAGAACAAGCAGGCCGGCGUGCAGGACUACCGCGGCGGCGGCGGUUACCCGUACGGCCGCUACCCCGGCGGCGGCUGGCGCGGAGGAGGCUACCCCGGCGGCGGCUACCCUGGCCGCGGGGGCGGCUACCCUGGCCGCGGCCGCGGCGGGUACUGCCAGUGGGGGUGCUGCAACCGCGGCUACUACGGCGGCUGCCGCUGCUGCUCGCGCCCCGACGAGAUCCCGGAGCCCAUGUACCGCCCGGAGUUCGUCGAGGUCCACAACUGAAUGAAGAAGAAGCUGCACCAACAGAUGCGUGCAAAGUCUUGCUUGUUGCCACGUACUACUACGGCCUAAGUAGUCGAUCGGUAAAAGUUUGGGUUCAACAAUAAAUGCAAUUAUGCAUGUGCGUGUGCAUGUAUGUCGGUGUGGUGAUUGGAGUCGACAUUUGUCGUCGUGUUUAAUUUCUCAGUUGGGAUCGUUCAAAUGGUGUGCUUGAUGUAGAAUGUAACUUUCAUGCAUGCAUGUAUAACAAUGCAUGCCAUCGAAUAAAAAUAAGA